AGACUGUUUCAUGACCUUUUAAGAGAUUCCUUCUCACAAACACUCGACGUCUUUCUGCCCUUUUUUUUUCCCUUACCAUCUUUUGACCUUUAAAAAAAAAAAUAGUGUCAAUAUGGCUUCUAGGGGUGUUGUCCUGUUUGCCGCGAUGCUUGGAGGAGCGGCGGCUUUGGCGACGGUCAAGCCGGAUGCGAACUGUGCCAUCAUUUGCGUGGACAGCGUGAAUGAGUGCGGCGAGAAAUACGGAGGAUGCUACGACCCUUGCCUCGAAGCUGCUCCCGAAGCACCUGCUUGUACGAUCCCCGGCACGAGAGUCUGGUAUCCUACGCCUCCUCCGACCGAAAUCACGCCUUUUACGGAUGGGGAGGAUGAGGAUUGCAAUGACAUUAUUGUCUGUAUCGAUGGUAUUAAUGAGUGUGGUAUACCGUUUGGAGAUUGUAUUCCUGCUUGCAAGCCGUGGAACAUUACGAUUCCUUCGUGUCCUCCUGAUGCGGAUGAGCCGUCGGAGACGGAUGGUACAGAUGCAGGUGACGGUACGGAUGGAGAUGAUGAGACGGAUGGGCCUGUGGAAGCUGUGCCUUGGCAGGGGGCGGAGGUGCCAGCACCCGAGGAGCCGGUGGUCGCAGAACCGGUGGUCGGGGAGCCAGUGCCUGAGGAUCCGUUGAUUGGGGAGCCGGUGGCUGAUGAGAUUGUGCCGUGGAUUCCGGACGGGUCAAGGGGCUGGUCUGGCUGAAGGCUUCUCUCUCUUGGGCCCGUGUCUUGCUCUCAACUUCCUCGCCGAGUUUGGGACGACGCGGAGCACCGUUGACUACCUACCUAGCACCUAUGACGGACGAC